ACUCGCAGUGUAGCGAGAGCAACAGCCAAAGAAAGUUGAUUAUUUUGCUCGCGCUCCCGGUGUGUGAAGGUACAACAAACAGCCAUGUAUUUCACGUGUGACGAAAUGGGAAUCGCCCUGGACAGGUUCCUACUGUCGCUGGCCGGAAGAUAUGCUGAACACUCCAAGCGGUUGCACAUUCUCUCGGGACAAGCCAUCGAUGAGCAGCUGAAGAAGUAUGUCCUCAUUGUGCAAGACAGCUCGCCGGAACUGACCAUAGUAGAGUACAGAGUCUCGAUCGAGGACUUCCGGCACGUGCCCUCUCGAGAAGCUGACAUCGAUAGACUCGUGCGGAGUUUUCCCGGCGAAAAGCCACACGACGCUGAGCUUGCUAAGCGAUAUCUUAUUCUGGGCAAUGAAUCAACGUGUGAUAGCGAAGCAAACGUGGAGAUAGUGAAGGGAUUUGGUGUCGACUUGACUGAGCGACCGCCUGAGCUGCUUGCGCUGAUACAGGCGAUCCGACUGAGUUCCGAGUUGGGGCGUGCGAAUGUUUUCGAGCUUUGUUUGAACUCGAAGACGGUGCAGCAACUGUUGCUUGAUACCCACGAUGCAGGACCUGGAGAGACGUUCCGGAAUUAUCACCCCGUUGACCCUGUGGUCAAGAACGGUAUGAGUCUGAUGGAUCUCUACGAAGAUAUCAAGUACAAAAAGAUCAACCUGGGAGUGUUCUUGAUUCGCGACGCAGAUAAGGGUGGUGCUUUGAUAACUCACGUCGAACCGAUUCGGGACUUGAAGCAUCUGACACCCACGACUAGUUUCGUGGUAAGCGAUACCAUAAGUUACGCCGAACUUUGCCGAUUGUGUCCGUUGGUGCACGAGGUCAUCUAUCGACCCGACUAUGGUCUUGUCUACUGGCAGCGAAGUUCCGGCGGUGGGACGGGCAGCCUGCGCAAAUAUCUGACCUGUGAGUACACUCAAGAAUACGAUCAACGCCCACCUCCUCUGCAUUGGUUGAACGUGAUUCACGCUGAUCAGACCGUUGGAAAGAGCACAUAUUUGAGGCGUUUGAGGGAAGGGUUUCGCAAAGCUCAACCAUUCGGGCUAGUCCGGCUGAUCGAUGGAACGGUUCUGGCAGCUGCUUUAGCCGACGGAUCGUUGUCAACGGUUCAAAAAUUGGCAAAAUUGUUCCGGAUGGAAUCGCAGCUGGAGAGUAAAGUUGUUGAAGUUUUGGCUCGACAGAAGGGUGCUCUUAUGGUGCUGAUUGACCAUGCCGAUCAUGUAGGAGACUUGCUGGUGACGUUUUUGGAGGAAGUGGAACGUGAUCUUGGAACGAGUGUAAAAUUUUGGAUCGCUGCGAGGGACAAACUGCGGAAACAAAUUGAGGACAAGUUCCCAAUCGUAGCCCACGAAUUUCCCGAAUUGGACAAGAUGCAGCAGCAGGAUUUUUUGGAGACACUCCUACCGGAGUUGAGUGCGGCACACAUUGAAGAGACUUUGAAGAUUGCUCGAACAUGUAAUGUACAGCUUGCGUUUCACGAAACGUGCGUCGAAUAUCCCAUCACGAAGAAUGUUUUCAACUUGAAAUUGAUAGCCGAUAUGCUGCAACAAGUUGAUGAAUCUAAAAAGUCUUUCUAUCUUCCCGAUUUGUUGGAUUAUUUCAUCGAAAGUCAGCUCACAGAGUUUGCAGAUCUUGAGAGGGAAUGUUACAGUUUCUGUCUGGAGAAGAAAUCCGCUCUACUGAUUCUCCAACAAUGCAAGUACACAACUGUUGUUGAAUAUAUGGCUGCUAGAUAUCUCUCAAAGCACGUAGAACUUGUCAAUCUCACACUUUACCGAGAACACCCCAAGGUCACCGGCUUUCUGGACCAACUAAUAUCCCGACAUGACAAAAUAGCCACAGCCGUGCUGAAUAAGGACACGGAACAGGUACUUACCAUGCAGGAUUCGUACCAGGAAUCGCUAGACGACCUAAACCGGAAUCCGUUACACACAAGUCACGACUGCCUCGCCAUUCAAGAAGCUCUCGUCGCUGCCGGUCUACAGCACGAGCAACGUUGUCUACUAUCCGACUACACUCCGCUACAACUGGCAGACGAACGCAAGGACUGGAAGUUUGUCAAUCUUCUGCUGCAGAACAACGCACGGCAUGACUUUCCUUCCCUACGACUGCGCACAAUGCACACGGAUCAACUGGAAGAAGUGGUUGAGUCUUGCAUCAGCACUGCCCUUCAUCGCCUUCUCGACUGGAUCUUGACAAACCGUCCGGAUUACCAGAUAACGCAGAGAAACAUCUACAGCGUAAGCGUUUGCAGCGAUACCAUGCAGUGUAAUCUGCUAUUUCGUAUUCUUAAUCGCGCUCACGAGCAGAAGCUCCACGACCGAGAAGCACCGUACCGCUUCAUGUGGGGCUCCACCGGUCUUCACAUGGCCGCGUACAACGGAUCUUUCGCCGUGUGUCGAUUCUUGGUGGAAAAGCUCAACUUUAGCGUGGAUCUACAGGACUACAGCGGCCAAACGGCGCUUGGAGAGGCGAGCGAUGUUGAGGUAGCUACUUAUUUGAAGAGUUUGCAGAAAGAUCAAAGGGAGCCAGAGUCCGAUGCAGAACUUGAGGAAGACGUCGUAAAUUCAGCGUUCAUUAGGGCUUGCAAUUCAAACAAUCUCGAGCUGGUUCGCUACUGCGUGGAACAAGAAGGACAUGAUUUCAUGAAUCCGGAGCGUGGACAAUACGGAUUCAUUAACGCGAUCGCGUGGGGAAAUCUCUCAAUUGUGGAGUAUUUGUAUGAAAAGGGAUUCAAAGAUCAGUUGGACAUCGAGGAUAGCACCGGGUGUACGGCGCUGGUCAAUGCAGUGCGGUACGAGCAUCUUCCGAUAGUAAAGUUUCUGGUAGAGCGUGGCGCAGACUUUUCAAAAAUACAGGAUGCACCAAACAAUUCUGAACUUCGGCAAUAUCUUAAGGAUCACUGUCGGUACGAUCCCCCGAUCACAUUUGAGUACCUUUCCGAGCUAGGAUUAGACGAAUUACGCUCAUUGGAAUACAACUUUCUCACGGAAAACGAAGACGGCGAUGUUUUGCUCCACUACUACAUCGAGUACCAUGAGGACGUUGAAGUUCUAAAAUUUCUCCUGACUCAAUACGACAACGUAGAUCUCGAGAGCAAGUUUACCGGUCGAACACCACUACUGGAAGCCAUUCGUGCGAAUAAAGCGCAAAUUGUUGACAUCCUGCUAGCAGCCGGCGCAGACGCGUACAAAAUCUGUGCCAAAACCGGACAAAGCGUACUCCACAUCGCAGCCCAGCAAAGCAACAAACGCCUGCUGGACCUCUUUCUGACCAAGUACCGCAUUGCCAUCGAUUCGCGGGACAACCAAGGGCAAACGAUCGCUUUCUAUCUGGAAAGUAACGCGAUGAACCUGUUCCGCUAUCUGAUCGAACGCUACGGAAUGGACGUGAACGCUCGGAACAACGAGGGACGCACAGUUCUGCACGAAAAGAUCAUCUACGAAGGAUUUUUACACCUGCACGAGGUGGAGUAUUUGCUUCGGGAGGUGGGCGUUCGGCAGAAUGUGACCGACCGAAGGGGAAGGUUGGCGCUGCAUUACGCCGCGGAAAGGGGCAACAUUGAUGUGGUACAGCUGUUGGAACGCUAUGGAGGAUUGGAAUGGAACGUCUGGGAUGCGGAUGGCAAGAGUCCUGUUGAUUUGGCAAAAGAAGCGGCCCAGGAGAAAUUGUUGGAGUAUUUAGAACAAUCACAUUGAUAAAGAAAAAAAACAGAAUAAAAAACUUAGGUACUG